UGUGAUAUCAAUGAUUGCGGCAAAAGUUUUAAUUCAAAAAGUAAUCUAAAAAAUCAUAAAUUGAAUAUUCAUUCUAAUAGACGAUUUAAAUUGCAUUUGAAAGAAAAAUCAUUCAAAUGUGAUGUCGACUAUUGCGGCCAAAUUAAAACUACUUUGAAUCAACACAAACGUACUAUUCAUUUGGGUUUAAAACCAUUCAAAUGUGAUGUCGAUAACUGUGGCAAACAAUUUCGUAAAAAAUCUAAUCUAUCACAACAUCGACAAAUACAUUCGGCUAUUAAAUCAUUCAAAUGUGAUAGACAACAUAAACAAUAUCUUCAUAUGAAUAUAAAGCCAUUCAAAUGUGAUGUCGAUAACUGUGGCAAACAAUUUACUAUUAAAUCUGAUCUUUUAAAACAUCAACGAAAUCAUUCAGGAAUUAAACCAUUUAAAUGUGAAGUCAUUGAAUUCCUCAAACUGUUUGCUCAUCAAUCGGGUGAAUAA